AUGGCUUCGCUACUUCCGACCUUUCCGCGACUUGUCUUCUCCGUCAUUGAGCCAAUUUCGCUCGUCGCAGGUUUCCUCGGAGUCGUGAUCGAUCCAGCAUGGUUCAUUGCCGAGCAAAUCCCCAAUGCGGGAGUGGUGCCGGUCAACGAUAACAACAUGCUCGUCGCGUGGCAGCUUGGGAACUUGUACCUCCUGAUGGCUUUCAUGGGCAUUGGAAUCUUGUGCACAACAUCCGAGGCCAAAGUGGUCAGGGGCUAUCUGACUGCCUUGUGGUUGGGCGACAUUGGCCAUGUCGCUUUCACUGCGUAUGCUUUGGGACUAGAAACGCUCAAGAGGCCUCAGGAGUGGAAUGCCAUGACACGCGGUAACAUCACAUUCACGAAGUAUCUGAGACCCCAGUUUGGAUCAAGAGAUGUCGCGUCUGUUGGUACACGCCUCGACGUGAUCGCGUCAAACCACCUCACAAUGUCAGAUCAGGCACGGAAGCGCAGGGCGGCGGCGCAGAAGAGCGCCUAUGCCGAUAAACAAAAGCGCACCAAAACCCAGGCUUCAGCACAGCCCGAAGACGACGGGGACAGCAAUGUCACCAUGACCUACCUCGAGCAUCGGCGCAACGCACCACAUGCUUCGCAUGCCUUUUCGAUCCUUGCUCCAGCGACCUCUGAGGCUGCUGAUUCCUCUCCUGAACCAACGCAGACAACACUCGCCGACCCAGCAGAGUCAUCCGCCAUGCAGGACUCAGGGGACGAGUUCGAAAUUCAAGUGAACACCGCCCCGCAAGACGAGGAGGGUUUGUUUGUCGACGACGAGCGACAGUCAUCGUCCGCCGUCGACAUGGAAGAAGAAUUUGUCGACGAGGAGGCAGGAAAAGUGCAAGAGUCAGAAGAGGCCGACUUGGAGAGCAAGCAAGUGGCGUUUGAGGAGCUCGCGGACCAGUGUCACAAAUUGGUGGAGGUAUUUCGCAGCUCCGACAAUGGCGGUCAUUCCAAGAGACUGGAGCUGAGGCGCGAGCUAUUCGACCUUUUCCAAGGGCGAGUCUGCGGUAAACAGUCGUACUUCGUUGAUAUCGACAAGGUCGGCGACAUAGGUCUCAACCCGAGAACUGUUGCUGCGGAACUGGGCAGGGUAAAUCUGGCGUGCACUCUAGAUCUGCUCCACAUGAUCCAGCACUGGCACGAGGCACCCAGCGCAAAGCCAAAGGAGGAGGAAUCAUCCAUUUCCAUCUAUCUCGCUCACGUCGACGUCAACUUUGCGCGCCUGUUCCAACCGUUCGGGUCCUUUGGGGAUCUCGAGAGGGAGAAUACCAUGCUGCACCUCAACAUCCGCACUAUGCUUGUUGUGGAAGUAAUGGCCGACAGGCCGGACGUCGGUGCUAUACAGCUUGUCGCCCAGUACUUUUUCGAUAUAGAGGAUGCCACUCACCUGACCCAGGACAACUACGACAGCCUGCUCACAGGCAGCCCUCUCAUUGACCUGUCCUCCAAGCACGGGGACACGAACGACACAUUAAUGAAGCUGGUCAUCCCCAGAAUUGUGGAUAUCGUCUCUACAGCAGAGGAGGCGGAAGACGCCAAUCAGGACCGCGCUGAGGCGCUGAGGGUCAAAUACGACAGGGACAAGUUCAUCCCGGAGAUCCGCAAAUGGGUGCUCGACACGUACGAUCUGUCCAGAUCGCAAAGUCGAUCCGUGGAGGACCGCAUUCUAGAUGAAGCUGAGAACCUUGAUUCGCAGUCGGAAAUAACAGUCUCGCACCGCCAAUGGCGCGAUGUGGGUGAUGAACGACCGACGUUAUUCGACACGCAAGCCCAGACUUCGAACAUCCUCUCAUCUCCGGUCCGAGCAGCAGGAGACAGCUAUCCUUCUCCCAGACGCGCUGUGGACGUCCUGACGGACGUGGACAUUAUCGGGCGGCCUCCAGCAAGUGUAGUGGACGAUGAAGACGAGGAUCUGUUCGAGACGGAUGUCCGUCUACCUCCAGCAAACCAUGUGGACGACGACGAUGAGGAUCCGUACGAGACGGAUAGCCGUCGGCCAAAUCCGGAUCGAUCCGCCAUCGUCAAGACCCAGCUGAGGUCGCUCCCUAUGGCAUCGGCGUCAAUGCCUCCUCCGCCGGCGCCCUCACAGCGCCCACCGCCACCGCCACCACCACGGUCAUUCCCUUCCAGUUCCGCAUCCGCGCACAGUUCUCAACGCUCGCCUUUUGGCCAGCGUACCAGGUGGAAUGAAAAAGAGACGGCCAUUCUCGUCGAGCUGGUGGCGAAACAUCAAGCUAGUUGGGCGGCCAUAAAGGAGGACAUAGAAGAAAAUUACAGAGAAGAGUUCCAGCCCCGCCGGAAUCAUCAGGGGGGCUGGAAUCUCCAGGGGGCCUGUCGUGACAAGGCCCGCAACUUGAAGAAGGAGUAUCUCCUGACAGAUACGCUCCUGCCACCCGGAUUUGAUCUGGUUGCCCUGACCCAGCCGCUUGAGGAUAAGAUCAAGAAAGAGGGCAAGAAUCCAUAUCGACGGGAGGAGCAUGUCGAUGGGGAUCAUAACCCCAUCAACACGGAUCUUGCAGCAGCUUACGCGUUCGAAACGCGAUGGGGUAGUCGUAGGUAG